AUGCACUGCCCCUUACGCACUGCCCAGUACACCCUGCCACGCACUGCCCAGUACACCCUGCCACGCACUGCCCCUUACGCACUGCCCAGUGCACCCUGCCACGCACUGCCCAGUACACCCUGCCACGCACUGCCCAGUACACCCUGCCACGCACUGCCCAGUGCACCCUGCCACGCACUGCCCAGUGCACCCUGCCACGCUCUGCCCAGUACACCCUGCCACGCUCUGCCCAGCGCACACUGCCACGCACUGCCCCUUACGCACUGCCCAGUGCACCCUGCCACGCACUGCCCAGUGCACACUGCCACGCACUGCCCCUUACGCACUGCCCAGUACACCCUGCCACGCACUGCCCAGUGCACCCUGCCACGCACUGCCCAGUACACCCUGCCACGCACUGCCCCUUACGCACUGCCCA